ACCACCACCAGCAUUAGCAGCAGCAUCCUCUCUCCACGAGCUCGUUCUAAAGCUGAACGUUCACUUUUUCACUUUCCAUCCCAGCUGCCGCCUGUAUACGGACUCCAUUAGUGUCUACGAAACACGAAACGAAGCGAUGAUCACCAAGAUCCAACAAAACGCACCGUGCUGCUGGAGGACAAACGCUGCGAUGAUGCUGCUUCUGCUGCUGUAACUCACUCUCUCAUACACUGUUUGGUGGAAUCCAGAAAGCUCGGGGCCGGUUUUAGGGCUCUGCCAGCACUGAUUUCAUCUUUAAACCUGUUCUGUUUGUGGUAGGACAGAAAUUCUUGGAGUAUUCUGGAGUGUUUCCACUUUUUGGACGCCCCCUGCGCGGCGGCGGCGGCAGGCGCGGGAUUUUUAGCACCUGAGCGCGCGCACACAGCUCGCUGUCCUGGAUGACUUCUAAAUAAAGAGGGCGCUGCUGCAGGAUGACAAUAUGGCUGCGCCGCUGCUCGCACCCCCAGGCCCAGACAGCUUUAAGAGGUUCACCCCGGAGACUUUGGCCAACAUCGAGAAGCGCAUCGCUGAGGAGAAGAAAAAGAAACCUGUCAAGCCCAGAUCAGACAGCAGUCACCGCGAUGAUGACGACGAAAGUGGCCCUAAGCCCAACAGUGAUCUGGAGGCGGGGAAGAGUCUGCCCUUCAUCUAUGGGGACGUUCCUUCGGAAAUGGUGGCAGUGCCUCUGGAGGACUUGGACCCCUUCUAUUUGAACAAGAAAACCUUUAUAGUGCUAAACAAAGGGAAAACGCUCUUCCGUUUCAGUGCCACGCCCUCGUUGUAUAUCAUUAGUCCUUUUAGCCUGUUCAGGCAAAUAGCUAUUAAAAUUUUGAUACAUUCAUUGUUUAGCAUGAUCAUUAUGUGUACAAUUUUGACCAACUGUGUGUUCAUGACAUUCAGCAAUCCGCCAGAAUGGUCCAAGCAAGUAGAAUAUACCUUCACAGGGAUCUACACCUUCGAGUCCCUCACAAAGAUUGUGGCUCGAGGUUUUUGUAUAGAUGGCUUCACGUUUCUCAGAGACCCUUGGAACUGGCUGGACUUCAUGGUCAUCUCUAUGGCAUAUGUAACAGAGUUUGUGGACCUGGGGAAUGUGUCAGCCCUGAGAACCUUCAGGGUUCUACGAGCUCUCAAAACUAUUUCUGUGAUACCAGGACUGAAGACCAUUGUGGGGGCUUUGAUCCAGUCAGUGAAGAAGCUGUCUGAUGUGAUGAUUCUCACUGUCUUUUGUCUGAGUGUGUUCGCCCUAAUUGGCCUCCAGCUCUUUAUGGGCAACCUACGGCAAAAGUGUGUGUUCUGGCCAAUCAGCAACCUCUCUGUCACCUACUUGGCCAAUGGGAGCAAGGGCUUUGAUUUCGACGAGUAUAUCAUGAAUGACACCAACUUCUACUUCCUGCCAGGCCAAUUAGAUGCUUUGCUGUGUGGGAACAGCUCUGAUUCUGGGCGCUGUCCAGAGGGGUACACUUGUAUGAAAGCAGGCCGCAAUCCAAACUACGGGUACACCAGCUUCGACUCAUUCGGUUGGGCCUUCCUUGCUCUCUUCCGACUGAUGACACAGGACUUCUGGGAAAACCUUUAUCAGCUGACACUGCGAGCAGCAGGAAAGACGUACAUGAUCUUCUUUGUGCUGGUGAUCUUUGUGGGCUCCUUCUACCUGGUGAAUCUGAUCCUGGCUGUGGUGGCCAUGGCCUAUGAAGAGCAGAACCAGGCCACCAUCGAGGAGGCGGAGCAGAAAGAGGCGGAGUUUAAAGCUAUGUUGGAACAGCUCAAGAAACAGCAAGAGGAGGCACAGGCCAAUGCCAUGGCCACCUCAGCAGGGACAGUAUCAGAGGAUGCUGUGGAGGAUGACGGAGGAGGGCGACUGUCCCGCAGCUCCUCAGAGGUGUCCAAGCUGAGCUCCAAAAGUGCCAAGGAGCGCCGGAACAGAAAGAAAAAGAUGAGAAAGGAACAGGAGAAGGAGAAAGGGGACAGUGAGAAGGUGGUCAAAUCAGAGUCGGACGAUGGCAGCAAGAGGAGCCGUUUCCGCUUUCCUGACAACAGGCUGGGAAGGAAGACCUCCAUCAUGAACCAGUCACUGCUGAGUAUACCUGGAUCCCCCUUCAUGUCCCGUCAUAACAGUCGCAGUAGCAUCUUCAGCUUCAAAGGACGAUCGCGGGACGUUGGCUCGGAGAACGAGUUUGCAGAUGAUGAACACAGCACGGUGGAAGAGAGCGAGGAUCGCCGGGGCUCCCUCUUCAUACCGUACAGACGCAACAGCUACAGCGGCUACAGCCAGGGUUCUUCACGCAUCAACCCGCUAGCGCCGCACUCUGGCUGCAAGAGGAACAGCACGGUGGACUGCAACGGCGUGGUGUCUCUGAUCGGGCCUGGUCCCGGACGGCUUCUGCCUGAGGUGAAAAUAGAUAAGGCAGCUACUGACGACAGUACCACAGAAGUGGAUGUGAAAAGAAAACACUCAGGAUCUCUUAUGGUGUCAGUGGACCAGCUUAACACGUCAUUUGGGCGUAAAGAACGAGCCAACAGUGUGAUGACUGUCAUCACUAACACACUAGUGGAGGAGCUGGAGGAGUCUCAGAGGAAGUGUCCACCGUGCUGGUACAAGUUUGCCAACACCUUUCUGAUCUGGGAGUGUUGUCCAAUAUGGAUAAAAAUUAAGGAAAUUGUGAACCUGAUUGUGAUGGACCCAUUUGUGGAUCUUGCCAUAACAAUAUGUAUUGUGCUGAACACAGUAUUCAUGGCCAUGGAACACUACCCUAUGACGGAACAGUUUGAGAGUGUGCUGAGUGUAGGAAACCUGGUAUUCACAGGUAUCUUCACAGCUGAGAUGUUUGCGAAGCUGAUCGCAAUGGAUCCAUACUAUUACUUCCAGGAGGGCUGGAACAUAUUUGAUGGCUUUAUUGUAAGCCUGAGUUUAGUGGAGUUGGGGUUAGCUGAUGUAGAAGGAUUGUCAGUGCUCAGAUCCUUCAGAUUGUUGAGGGUCUUCAAACUGGCUAAAUCGUGGCCCACACUGAACAUGUUGAUUAAGAUCAUUGGUAACUCAGUGGGUGCCCUGGGAAACCUGACCCUGGUGCUGGCCAUCAUCGUCUUCAUCUUUGCUGUGGUGGGCAUGCAGCUGUUUGGAAAGAGCUAUAAGGACUGUGUGUGUAAGAUUGCUCAGGACUGUGAACUGCCCCGCUGGCACAUGAACGACUUCUUCCACUCCUUUCUCAUUGUGUUCCGUGUGCUGUGUGGAGAGUGGAUUGAGACCAUGUGGGACUGCAUGGAGGUGGCUGGCCAGACCAUGUGUCUGACUGUCUUCAUGAUGGUCAUGGUCAUCGGAAACUUAGUGGUGCUGAAUCUGUUCCUGGCCUUGUUGCUCAGCUCAUUCAGUGCUGAUAACCUGGCAGCCACAGAUGAUGAUGGGGAGAUGAACAACCUGCAGAUCUCAGUCAUUCGCAUUAAGAAGGGCAUUGCCUGGUUAAAAAUCCAUGUGCGACUUCUUGUGGCACAUGUUCUGAAGAAAGCUCCUCUGGAGGACGAAGACAAGCCAUUGGACGACAUGUAUGACAAGAAACUCAACAUCAUCGGCAACCACACAGGAGUAGACAUCAAAUGCGGUGACCUAGACUUUGCCAAGAACGGCAACGGCACGACCAGCGGGAUCGGCAGCAGUGUGGGGAAGUACAUGAUCGACGAGGAUCGCAUGUCCUUCAUCCACAACCCCAACCUGACCGUACGGGUUCCCAUUGCUGUGGGAGAAUCCGACUUUGAGAACCUGAACACUGAGGACUUCAGCAGUGAGUCAGAUGUGGAGAACAGCAAAGAUCUGGAUGACACCAGUUCUUCUGAGGGGAGCACGAUAGACAUAAAGCCUGAUGAGGAGGAAGUUGCAGCUGUGGAGGUUGUGGAGGAAUAUCUGGAUCCAGAGGCCUGCUGGACUGAUGCUUGUAUUGCGAGGUAUAAGUGCUGUGACGUACCCAUCACUGAGGGUUGGGGCAAGUACUGGUGGUACCUGAGGAAAACCUGCUACCUCAUUGUAGAACACAACUGGUUUGAGACCCUCAUUAUCUUCAUGAUCCUGCUCAGCUCUGGGGCUCUGGCCUUUGAAGAUGUGUAUAUUGAACAGAGGAAAACAAUCCAGAUCAUUCUAGAAUAUGCAGAUCGAGUGUUCACCUAUAUUUUCAUCCUGGAGAUGUUGCUGAAAUGGGUGGCCUAUGGCUUUGUCAAGUAUUUCACCAAUGCCUGGUGCUGGCUGGACUUCUUCAUUGUGGAUGUGUCUAUAGUCAGCCUUAUAGCUAAUGCGCUGGGGUACUCAGACCUUGGCCCAAUUAAGUCCCUGAGGACUUUGAGGGCCCUCAGGCCCCUGAGAGCUUUGUCCCGGUUUGAGGGCAUGAGGGUUGUGGUGAAUGCUCUGGUGGGGGCCAUCCCCUCCAUUAUGAAUGUGCUGCUGGUGUGUUUGAUCUUCUGGCUCAUCUUCAGUAUUAUGGGGGUCAACCUGUUUGCUGGAAAGUACUACUACUGCUUUAAUGCGACGUCAGAGGAAUACUUUGAGCCAGACGAAGUCAACAACAAGACGGAAUGUUUCAAUUUAAUCGAACAAAAUUUCACUGAGGUUCGCUGGAAGAACGUAAAGAUCAACUUUGAUAAUGUGGGUGCUGGGUACCUGGCCCUUUUGCAAGUGGCUACAUUUAAAGGUUGGAUGGACAUCAUGUAUGCAGCUGUGGAUUCCAGAAAGGUUGAGGAUCAGCCUCUCUAUGAAGACAAUAUCUACAUGUACAUUUACUUUGUCAUCUUCAUCAUCUUUGGCUCCUUCUUUACACUAAAUCUCUUCAUUGGUGUCAUCAUUGAUAACUUCAACCAACAAAAGAAAAAGUUUGGAGGUCAGGACAUCUUCAUGACAGAAGAACAGAAGAAAUACUACAAUGCCAUGAAGAAACUGGGCUCAAAGAAACCUCAAAAGCCCAUCCCCAGACCGCAGAACAAAAUCCAGGGAGUGGUGUUUGACUUUGUCAUGCAGCAAGCCUUUGACAUCUCCAUCAUGAUGCUCAUUUGUCUUAACAUGGUCACUAUGAUGGUGGAAACCGAUGACCAAUCAGACGAGACAGAGAACAUCCUGUACUGGGUCAACUUUGUCUUCAUCGUGGCUUUCACUGGCGAGUUUGUACUAAAGCUCUUUGCACUACGUCAUUACUAUUUCACCAAUGGGUGGAACAUCUUCGACUGCGUUGUGGUGAUUUUAUCUAUCGUAGGUAUGUUCCUGGCAGAUCUGAUUGAGAAAUACUUUGUGUCGCCUACCUUGUUCAGGGUUAUCCGACUGGCUCGAAUCGGCCGCAUCCUGCGUUUAAUCAAAGGAGCCAAGGGCAUCCGGACUUUACUGUUUGCCUUGAUGAUGUCACUUCCUGCCCUAUUUAACAUUGGCCUGCUGCUCUUCCUGGUCAUGUUCAUCUUCUCCAUUUUUGGCAUGUCCAACUUUGCAUACGUGAAAAGGGAGCUCGGCAUUGACGACAUGUACAAUUUUGAAACUUUUGGUAACAGUAUGAUAAUCUUGUUUAUGAUCACAACCUCAGCAGGAUGGGACGGCCUGCUGGCACCCAUCCUCAACUAUCCGCCCGACUGCAAUCCUGAGAAGGAGAACCCAGGAACCACAGUGAAGGGUGACUGUGGAAACCCUUCAGUGGGAAUCUUCUUCUUUGUAAUGUACAUCAUUGUGUCUUUCCUGAUUGUGGUAAAUAUGUACAUUGCCAUUAUUUUGGAGAACUUCAGCGUAGCCACAGAGGAGAGCGCUGACCCGUUGUGUGAGGACGACUUUGAGUCCUUCUAUGAAAUCUGGGAGAAAUUUGACCCAGAUGCCUCCCAGUUUAUCACCUUUGCCAAGCUGCCAGACUUUGCCGAUACGCUGGAGCACCCACUUCGAGUGCCUAAGCCCAAUAUAAUCGAGCUGAUCGCCAUGGAUCUACCCAUGGUCAGUGGAGACCGCAUCCACUGCCUAGACAUUCUGUUUGCCUUCACUAAACGUGUGCUGGGUGAUAGUGGCGAUUUGGACAUGAUGCGCCAGCAGAUGGAAGAGCGCUUUGUGGCAGCAAACCCGUCCAAAGUUUCGUACGAGCCCAUUACCACCACCCUGCGCCGCAAGCAGGAGGAGGUGUCGGCCGUGGUCAUCCAGAGGGCGUACCGAGCUCACCUGGCUCGCAAAGGCUUCGUGUGCAAACGCCGACCCGCCAACAACAAGCUGGAAAACGGAGGGACAAAUCAGGAGAAGAAGGAGAGCACGCCCUCUACUGCAUCCCUCCCGUCUUACGACAGUGUAACUAAGCCAGAGAAGGAAAAACAAGACGACAACAACGAAGGCAAAGGGCGUAAGGAGAAGGGCCGAAACCAAAAAGAUGUCAGGGAAUCCAAAUGUUAAAGCUGCAGCAGUGCAACACAUGAACACUAACAAUGGUCAUAACAAUAGUGUAAGAAAAACAACUGUACUUUUAAGCAAGACAAAUGGAUACCCUGAAUCAAACUACACAGAUGUACAGAUUAAUUUCAUUUGCAAGUAAGAAAUCAUAUUUAAAAAAAUCCAAGUAUAAAGGAGCAAAACAAAAAUUGUUUACAAACUUCACAGGUUGUAUGGAUGCAGUGGAAAGCAUUGGGGUUAUUUCAAGCUUGACUCAAAAAGUUAAACCAAACAUAAUCAGCUUCCUGUGUGACACUGUUGCAUCAACACUUGAUUUAAACAAAAUCAAAUAGGAAUUUAACAAAGGAUUGAUACUUGAUAUUGUGUAUUAGAGGGCUACUCUGCGCUUCAGGACAGAACUUGUCAUUAAGCAGGAAUAUGAGAAACCAAGGGAAAACUGGGAUCCACAGCAUGGUGUUCCCCACAUCCGGAGAAUCCCGUGCUUAUGCAGUGCGUCUACGGAAUUUCCGUGAAGGAAAUGAACACUGCUUAUUAUGGAAGAAUCAGCUUCCAGAAGCGGACAGCGGAGGAGUCUGUGCCGCUUCUUUUCACUACUAUGUGGAAGAACUCAAAAAAUGAUUGUAAGAAUGAGCAGGGAUCAGUGGAGUGUGAUACACAAAACUUAGAGCUUGGCUGAUUCCAAUGGUAUCUUUGUGUUUGUCGGCACUAAAUAUACUUUACAUGGUCUUUACAUUAUUUGAGCGGCAAAAAAAGGAAAAGGGGAGGAACAACAAAAACAACAAGAAAAAAAAAUCAACAUUCAACAUUUUGCCCAUGUCACCCUCAGUAACAGUCAUCAUAUGUUUGUUAUACUUGCAUCAAAAGGCUUUUUUCUACAUGGGCUUUCACACUGAUAGGAUAGGGGGCAAUUGCCGGGGGCCUCCGAUACACAUCUCCAAAUGAAUAAUAAAUUAUUGUGCUUGUUCAAUGCAUAGAAAUGACUUGCAUGAUGGCAUGUUUUGAUCAGAAAUCUUGCAUGAGUAAUCAUAGUCCACAAGACACUAAUACAGACCACCACAGUGGCUUGACAAUACGUUAAAGGCUGUCCACUGGCUAAAUUUAUUACCAGAAAUUAAGUAUAAUCUGAUAACGUUGAAACUGAAUUGGCUGAAGACACUAAAUGAUGUUGUGUCCUUACUCGUCUCUGUUAAGUACACAAUACAAUAGACCUGCUUUGGGUUUUUGGCUUCAGUAACUACAGACUACAGAGAGCCUAUAAACAAUCAGUGGCUUUUGUUGAAAUGAUUGAUAGCAUUGCGGCACAUGCGUAAGGUAAACAGAACUAAAGAAGAACGCCCCUUUUUUUUGCUGCUCAGGAGAUUGUGAAUGGACAAAUGGAAUGUUGGAAUGUGUGUGAAUGGAGAUGACAUGAGGAAUGACCCUAGGAAAAAAAGAACACUGUAAAUCCUAUAGGUUCUUAUUUUAUUUGUAUGCAGCAAUAUCGCUUACCUUGCCUACAGCACUGGCCCCCUCCACGGGUCACAUGGUAGGUGAGUGCAGGGUUGGUUUAGGAGGGAGGGGUGGGUGCAGGGUGGGGGCACUAUUAGGGGUGUAGCACGUUGGCUGGCGUUUUUGAUCCUCAUCAGGGGUAAGAUCAAGAUGGGCUAUAACUGUUUUCGGGAAAGUGGCUUUUUUAUUUUAGAGAACUUGUUCUGGAGAUAUUAUUUAACUCUUGCAUUGUAUUUCGAGAGUUCUGCUAAUGUGUGUCUGUUACGUCUGAUGCCACGGGCAUCGGCUGUGCAUUUUUUAUGUAUGUAUAAAGCCAUCACAUCUUUAGCAAUUGUAUGAUUGUAGCUGGGGCACGGAUGAAUGCCAAACAGAGAAAGAGAAUCUGAAAGAGCGUGUAUUGGGAAGUCACAGCUGUAAAAGGAGAAGCCAAAGAGAUCUGUCUUGCUAUUCAGUGUGUGCUAGUUUGGUCUGAAAGUGUCUAGAAUGUCCCAGGAGUGGGAUGGGACAUGCACCCCCACUCUCCUGUUUUUUAUGCUUUCAGACAGACUGAUGCUUGUUGAGUUCCCCCAUCUUUCUCAGGAUACAAUGCAGAUUUAUCAUUCUAUUGACUCUGAUGUCAUCAGGAAGGGCGUGCCUAAGGCCCAGAGAAUGUGAUUUUUUGUUUCGUGGAAGAGCAGGCCUGGGUGUGCUGUUUUUAAGGCUCACACUCGCAGAGCAGGAGAUGUAGGGCUAAAAGACACAGAGCCGAGCUCCUCUCACCACCCAAAGCAGCUUCCAUCCGUGUGUGGAGUUUUGAAUGUUUCAACCAUCUACAAAACACAGUACAAAAACAGUAACUGCAGUAUGAAACAGGAUGCACUCUGCUGCAGGGAGGAAAACACUGUGAGGCGGAGAGAUUAGAUCGGACUGUCAAUCAAAUUCCACUCACCACUUCUCACCAUUAUCCCUGUGGAUACACAGGGAAUAUGUUAAGUCAACCCUUUGGUCAGCCAUGUUUCUCAUCAGUAGACCACCAACACCAAUGCAAUGCCAAAAAGCUAUUAGGGCAACUUCCAGUGAGCAAGGCAGCCAAUGUACGAGAGCAGAGCUGUUUGUGUUUCCUGUUUUUUUUAGCAACAUACCGUUUACUCAGAGCCCCUAAUUGGAAUUGAUCUGGUCCAGUUGCAGCAUGUGUGAGAUCAGUGAGGGCGUUGACCUGAAGCAAAAAAAUUAUUAUUAUAAAAAAAGAAAAGAAAACUCUGCUCAGCAAAACUAACACCAUUCGCACUUCCACAGCCAUCCAGGAUAGACUGUAUAAAUGAUACAUCAAAUCAUACAUUCAUUUAAAACAAAACAAAUGAAAAAUAAAUAAAAAAACAAUAUUGUACAGUACAGGCUAUGUUGCAAACGGCACAAAAUGCUGAAAAGUUAAGAAUGAACUUUUUAAGAAUCUAUAAAUAAUGUAAUAUAUAAUUUUAUUUUAACAGCAUGCAUAGUUUUGUGUAAAUACAGAAAUACUUAAAAAACUAUUGCUAUUAAUCUAAUCCUGAAGAAGAAGAAGAUGAAGAAUAAUAACCUGAAUAGAAUGGCUUCACUCAUUGCCCAGGUCUCACUUCGUAGACUGUGAAAUAUUUGUUAGAAGGAGUAGAUUUUUUGAGACACUUUUCACAUUAAAGAGGGGAAUCUAAUACAAAUAUAUAUAUAUAUAUAUUAAAAUGCAAAAAUUAUAUAAAUCUAUAUAUAAAUCUAGGCAUAUAUAGAGCUGGACAACAUAUGUAUCUAUGUAUACAUGUAUAUGUACAUAUGUGUAUAUAUAUGCACACAUAUACAUAUGUUUGUAUGCAUGAGUGUCUGUAUGUAUUAUAUAUAUAUAUAUAUAUAUAUAUAUAUAUAUAUAUAUAUAUAUAUAUAUAUAUAUAUAUAUAUAUAUAUAUAUAUAUAAAAACAUACAUACAUGUGGCAUUAGAACACUGUCCUCCACUGAGUUGACCUCUGCUUGGAGUGGAGGGGAAGCACCACUGACUGUCUUUUGCUCACAUUCUUAUUUCUUUUGUGCAAUACGUUCAGUGAACGACCAAAACUCUGGCCUGGCCCACACUGUGUGUGUGUGUGUUUGUGAGAGAGAGAGAGAGAGAAAGAACAUGUGAAAGAGAGUGUGAGAAUGUGUGUGAAUGAGCACAUGUCUGCAGGGGCAUUUGUAUGUGAGUGUGAGAGCGUGUGUGUGUGGGUCUGUGGGUCUAAUGCUAAGUGCAUGGUGAAGUAUUAGCUGCUUAUGUCUGUCUCCUGUAUUUGGGAGGGGAAUGCGUUUACCAGCACCUCAUUUUCUACCCAUGUCCUGUGUGAAGAUGACCCUCGAUCGCGCUGUCCUUCACCACACAUACAUGCAGACACACACAUACACACACCAACAUGCAUAAUUAUAUACAUAAAAUGCAUACUCACGUAUUCUCCUCCCUAUAAAUCUUUUUUGAUUUAAUGGUGUAGACACCAAAAAUCACGAUCUUCUCAGUAUGUAUGUAUGUAUGUGUGGUUAUGUGUGUGUGUGUGUGUCUGUGUCUGUGUGAGAGUGCGUGGACGAUCACUUGUGACAGCUUGGUCACUUUAAGCGUGUGUGAUGCAGCUUAGAGCAUAGCUUCUUCCUCAUCUACUAGGUACACAGCAAUGCAAUUUGCAAGUUGAGUUAGGCUUUCUAUUAUGGUUUCAGAUGUUUCUUGUCUGCGUAUGUUUGUUUCAGGUGCCUUUUGCUGCCUAUUUUGUUUGAUGAAAAUCUUGAUAAUGUUGCAUUACAAUUCUCCUAAACAAGUGGAGCUUGUUUAAAAUGAGCACUGGGGAAAAAUGUUCUAAAGGAUGUCUGAGACAUCUGUGAAUAAUAAUAAUAAAAAAAAAUAAAAUCCUUAACUGGCAUCAGCCUGACUUCAUCCUCAGAGGUUGUAGUAUAGUAUGGGGCAGGUGGCUGGAGUGCAACACUCUCAAUGUGACUGAGUGUACACUCUCAAGUGCUCGCUCUGUGAAUCUCUUAAUGGUUCAGCCUGUGGAGAGAUAAGCAGUCUGCCUUCUGUGCUCAGCUUCUGUUCAUUUCUGACCAUUUCUUUAUUUUUCUAUCGAUACUAAUUUGUGUAUGUUUUCUUUUUGUAGCAUGACUGAAAUGCUAUUUCUCUCAUUUGCUAAUAAUAAUAAUAAUAAUAAUUCAAAAGUGCUUAUUGGUUAACAAAGUUGUUCUUAUCUCUUGCCACUGAUGUUGGAAAGGAGAGGGUGUGUUGCACAACCACUUGGACUUAGUGAGAAUCAGUGAAAGAUUGUCUUCAUUUGAGCACGAAACCUUUUUCCAAACAAUAAAGCAGCCUUCCAGUUACAA